ACAAAUGUUUCGAUUGUUGAGGAGUGGGUGCAGUGGAAACCACACAUUUUUACCUAUCAGACAGUUAAACAUCACCCAUAAUAGAAUGGACAGUAAGAAGAACAGCGAAAAUAGGUCUAUUCACUCGGACAAUGUCGAGGAAGUUCAUAACGUGCCAAUGGAAGUUAUCAUACGACCAAUCCCUCCUGUACUAGAUGAGCGCAAAGUUCAGAGCCUUAUGGAUACAAUACAGGAAUCUACAGACAUCAGCACUGUUCCUCCUAUUGAUAUACUCUGGAUCAAGGGCAGGGAAGGAGGGAAUUACUACUACUCCUUUGGAGGCUGUCACCGGUUUGAGGCAUACAAACGGUUGAAAAUGAACACCAUUCCAGCAAAGAUCUUCAAAUCAAAUGUUGCAGACCUACGCACUUACUUGGGUGCCUCAACCCCAGACCUACAGUGAAGUUGGAUUAACUGAGGACUGUUUUUGAGUCACAGUCAGUACUGAGGACUGUAGAUGUGGGUAUACUCUACACUGAGUGUACAAAACAUUAGGAGCACAUGUUCUUUCCGUGACAUUGACUUACCAGGUGAAAGCUAUGAUCCCUUAUUGAUGUCACUUGUUAAAUCCACUUCAAUCAGUGUAGAUUAAGAAGAGGA